UUCAUCAACCAUCACUCUCAAACUCCAGUCAAGGCACUGUCAACAGUAGUCACUCUCAGACUGCAGUCAAACCACUUCCAACAACCAUCACUCCACAUGUCUACUGCCGCUGUCGCUGCGACUUCUAUCACCACCAAGAACCUUUCUGGUGACACCAUUCUCUCCGAAUUUAUCUACACAUUCGACGACGCCUCUUCAGACGAGGAAUUUUUUAAGCAAUACACCGCCAUGGAUGAACAAAUGGAUGCCGACAUUGAGCGCGUCAUCAAGUGCCUCCGCCAGACUCGCGACGCUAUGACUACGAUCUCCAAUGAAUCUCCCCUCAACACCACUGAACUUGCAGAACUUGUUCAUCAAGCCAGAAAGACGACCCGCAAAAUGACGACCAUUGUCCGCCGCCAGUGUCAUGCCAACGAGGAAGGCAUGCACUGUAAACGCGAGAGGGAGAUGACCGCACUCGACCAAGAAAACCACGGCUUCGUCAAACACCUCACCAAGCGAGUUUCCAUCUCCUUCAAGUACUGUGCAGAAUCUUGCCGGGUUAAGAACCGCAGUCGCUGCGAUAAGCGGCUCCAGCUACUUGAGGAUGCAAUGGAAAAGGUUGAGAAACUUCGGCUACUUAUUUUGUUGGAGGAGGGCAACACACCAUAUUAGGUGAAGCAACUUGAACGGGGCCUCGUUGAAUAUUGAUGAGAUGAGAUGUAUCAUUAAGCAUGGAAGACCGCCUUGGUAGGUGGGCCAGAAAACAUGUACAAG